UGCUCUUGCAAUUGCUUUCUGCUCACCGAGUCUCAUAUUACUCAAGAACGUGCUGCGCCGUGCCCCAGCACGUCCAAAUUCUGACCUAAUGUCCAAGAUGCACGAUCAAAUCCUCGACUCGAUAUUUUUAGGAAGGAACACUGCCGCAUCAGGCGCACUCAGUCAGGGCAACAUUUCACAGCAUGAUAGUGGUCCACCAUGGCCCUGCAGUCUUUGAUAUUCUGUAUCUUCAGUUCUAUGAAUACUCGCAAACGUGCUCCUUCUUUCAAUAUGGGGUUUGCGUAUAUAUGUUAGGUCCUCUGUUCUCUGUAUACUUCGGCAACGCAGGACGCAAUACUGCCUCCUUCGACUUCUGCCAUUGGUUAUCCCCGGGCGAACAAACGCGUCGAUUUGCCUUGAAACGCAUCAAAAAAGUCGCGUUUGAUCUCCCACGACUUCUACCUAACGCACUUCACACAGUACACGACCACUUACGAUGUUUUCCUCCUCUACCAUCACGGUCCUCUGCGUCGCCAUUUCGGCUUUCUCUUCUCUCAGCGUUUCCGCCGCGCCGUCUGCCAGACGUAGCAACUCUCAAGCCGCUCUAGCCCAGAGUGCCCUUAGAGAUAUUUUGAACCGUGGAGCUCCUAUUCUUGGCUAUGAUGAUGGGUGCUCUCGUAGCUCUAGAACCUGUGACUGGAUGGCCAAGGUCGCAGACAACACGAAACUUGUCCAUAUGAACUUACCUGGAACACAUGACUCGGCGACCUGGAACUAUACACAGGCCACCCAAGACUCACUCGUCCGCUACACGGGCACUAUCCCAGCUGCAGAAUACUUCCAAUGUCAGGGCCAUUCAUUCUUUCAGAUGCUCAAUGGAGGCAUUCGUGUUUUCGACCUUCGUUUCGCGCUCAACCCAGGCAACGACACCAUCGGUUUCUACCAUUCCCAAGCCUUGUUGAGCCCGACGACCUCCAUCGAGGACGUUUUCUUCGGUUUCUACUCCUGGCUUGACAAACACCCCACGGAAGCCGUCCUUAUCUCUUUGCAGUACGAAUCCGGCACGGGAACCGAAAACACCGAGGCUCUGCAGGUGCACAUGUAUAACCUCCUCAACUCUGAUUUGGCAAAGAAGUAUUGGGUCCAGGCGAAUGGCACCUUGAACACCCUUGGCGAAGCUCGUGGCAAGCUCACACUCCUUCAACGCUUCGACUGGUCCCUCCUCCCCGACACUUUGACGGAUCGCUUUGGUCUCCAUCUGGAUCCUGAGGAUUGGACCGAUAACAGCCCCAACAUCUCACUCACGUACAAUGAAGACACCGGUGCUACAGCGUACAUAGAGGAUUACUACGAGAUAGGCCUCCCCAUUGGCGCCGGUGCCGCCGAGAACAUCCAGUGGAAGUAUAACGCCACGACCGUCCAUAUCGCUGAAGCUGCCUCGAGCUUGCAUCCCGACUCUCUGUAUAUCAGUUUUGCGAGCUCAGAACAUACUAGCGAUUUGCCUCCUGAGACGCCCAGAAUCAUGGCGCUUGGGAACGGGUCGGAUAUUCCCGGAGUGAAUCAGAAGUUGCUUCCGUGGCUGCAGGAGAGGAAGGGGCAGCGUUUUGGGAUCGUCAUGCUAGACUUUUUCGACAGCAUCCCGGGAGUGGUCGAGGCAGUCAUUGGACUGUAG